AUGGCUGCUCCUCCCCCCUCCUCCUCCGGUCCCUCUGACUCCACCGUCCGUCCUGGGUGGGGCCCGGGCCCAACCCUGCCGUCGACUCCGGUCGACCCCAUCCCGCACCUGGCCUCGUGGUCGCGCGGCCAGCAGGCGGUGAGAUUCCAUCUCAUGAUGACAUUGGAACAGGCCGUGAAGUUUCGUGAUCUGCGAAAGGCAGGCUGCGUAGACAUCGACGGCGAGCAAUUGGAUAUUCCGACCGUCGUUGCUGUGGCCAAAUACGGAUGUAAACCAUGCAUCGCCAAAAAUCAUAAGAUUCUCGAACGUAUGUUGGAGAGCCAGUCGAUCUUGAGAGAGCAUUUGGAAAUGGGCAAUCACAUCUACGGAGUCAACACAGGUUUUGGGGGCAGCGCGGACACUCGCACCGACCAAUUCGACACUCUUCAGAUAGCGUUGAUGCAGCAUCAACAGUCCGCGAUCCUUGGCAAGAACGACGUCACUGUCAACGGAGAUGCGGACGGAGAACACAAGUCGCACUCGAUGCCGACUAGCUGGGUCCGAGGUGCAAUGUUGGUCCGCGUCAAUACCACUCUUCGAGGUCAUUCCUCAGUGCGUACGUCGGUCGUCAACACCAUCGCCGAAAUGAUCCGACAGGACAUGGUCCCGAUUGUCCCGAUGAGAGGUUCCAUUUCCGCCUCUGGUGAUCUCAUGCCCCUCUCUUACAUUGCCGGCGCAUUGCAAGGGAAUCCAGACAUACACGUACGCGUCGGCAAAGGGGCGGCGGGCAAGAUCCUUACGUCGGGAAAAGCCAUUGCCGAGCUUCAGCGUUUGAGCCUGGAAGAUUUGAAGAAGGGCGAAGAGGUUGAGGACUCAAAAAAAGCCAAUGACGAUAAGAAGGGUAAGAAGAACAAAACAAACAAAGAUGUGCAGGACAAGGAUGAGGGCGAGGGCAGCAAAAAGCCUGCAAGUGAGUAUGAGGAGCGCAAGGCAAACCCCUUCGCUCCCGUCAACCUCGGACCGAAAGAAGGACUGGCCUUAGUAAACGGUACUGCCCCAUCGGCUGGAGUAGCUGCAUUGGCACUUUUCGAAGUCAAUCAACUUGCCGUGAUCUCACAGAUGAUCACUUGCUUGUCUUCCGAGGCCCUUGCUGGCAAUGUCGAAUGGGCUCAUCCAUUCAUUGCAGAAAUCCGUCCCCUGCCCGGCCAGAUGGAGGCUGCGCGGAACAUGAGGUAUUUCCUCCGAGAUUCAAGCCUCGUCAGUGGUCUCUCCCGGCCGGAUCAUGGAGCCACGAAAGGCCUGGUGCAGGACCGCUAUGCAACUCGAAGUGCACCUCAAUGGAUCGGACCAGCGCUCGAAGACCUGUGGUGUUGUACCGCCGUCGUGAACGUCGAGCUCAACUCCACCACCGACAACCCAGUGGUAAGUAUUGAGGACAAACAGGUCUAUUGUGGUGCAAACUUCCAAGCCACCUCGGUGGCCGUGGUCAUGGACAAGGCACGACUCCUGACCCAGCUGAUUGGCAAGAUGUUGUUCUCACAAGCUACCGAAUUGAUCAACCCGGCAACCAACAAAGGUCUUCCCCCCAACUUGGCGGCAGACAAUCCGAGCCUCUCGUUCUGCAUGAAGGGAGUCGACAUCAAUAUGGCCGGCUACCAAUCCGAGCUGGCAUGGCUGGCCAAUCCAGUCACCUCGCAUAGUCAGUCUGCUGAAAUGCACAACCAAUCGAUCAACUCGCUCGCCAUGAUUUCAGCUCGAUCCACCAUGCACAGCGUUGAAAUCCUCUCGAUGAUGACUGCCGCUGCCAUCUAUGUCGGGCUGCAGGCAGUAGACUUGCGCGCAAUGCACACGGCAUUCAUGGCGGAUUACCCGAAAUGCCUUAAGGAUGCAGUCAUCAAGAAAUGGCAAGUCACGGUCACCGCUGACGUGGUGAAGAAGCUGCUCCAAUCCAUGAUCCCGCAGAUUCGACUGGCAUGGUAUACCAAUGCAGGCUGUGACCUGAAGGAACGCUGCGAGCGGGUAAGCAACGCUUUAACACAGGCUUUCCUGGACGCAUUUCUCGCAACCGCAACGACAGACACCGACGAGGGUCAGCACAGAAUAUUGCUUAGGCUCAAAGACUUGAAGGAAGCACUACUGGAGACCAUGCCCCAGAUUUUCGAAAAGCAUCGACAUGACUUCUCUGCUGAUCCUGCAAAGACCACGCUGCCGAUGCUCGGUCACGGCACUAAGGCAUUGUAUCAAUUUGUUCGAGGCGAGUUGGGCGUGCCAUUCCACCGUGGCAUAAAGGAUGACCCAAUGUCAGGACCUCGUGCCGAUGAUGACAAUCGAGCAAAUCAGACGAUUGGAUCAUGGAUCUCCAUCAUCUAUGAAGCGGUGCGUGAUGGGAGACUCUGUGGUCAUAUCAUGACAUGCGUGGAGGAGGACCUUAGAGAUGACCCUGGCCGCACGGCGAAAAUGCACCGCUUCGAGGGCCCGGAACAGGCUCCCUUCGAAUAUGACGCCGCCUUCUCCGCACGGAUGUACAGUGCUUACGAGGACCUCAUGCGCGAAAUGGCAGCGGGUGUGAAUGGCAACAGUCCUUCGGCCGCGUCAACCACUCCUCAAGGCCAACCUGCUCAGCCCAUGCCCCGAGCCAUGGCGCGAGCUGCGGCGCGAGCGGAGGCGCAAGCAACCCGUCGAAAGGGUUGA